AUGUCGUCGACAGCCUCCUUCCGACAGCGGCUCCAGAUUCAGACAACAAUGAGCCCUCGCCCCUGGCCAGGAGGCGGCGCUGUCUCCCCUGAGCAACAACAACACCGCAGCCCCGUCCCAUCCCGCCCGCCUCUCUCCCCGCGCUGCUACUCCGCAACCGCAGUCACCGGGCAAAGCCGCUUCGUCGAGGGAUCCAUGAACGACCGCGUCUCAGCCGCGCCGCCGCCCGGUUUUUUGGGGCAUGACGAGGAUACUGGGGCUUGGGAGGUGCAGGGGCAGCAACAAGAAGGGGCUGGUGAGCAGGCGCGGGAUAACGGCAGCAGUGCGAGGUAUCAUCUGAGGAGGCCUAGAAGCACGGCGGCGUGGGCGGUUGGUUCUUCUUCUUCAGGAAUGGGCAAUCAAGUGUCGAAGGAGCAGCAAGGACAGCAGCAGCAGCAGCGGCGGGGCGGGGUAACGAAAAAGAGCAGCUUUUUGGCGCCGCUUUGGGAUGGCGUGAGGGAGAAGCUGCAUCUGAGCAAGUCCAAGUCGUCAGGUAGUAUUGGGCGGGUCGUGAACUCGGUUGUUAGCGGAGGGGCGAAUGGUGGCGGGGAGGGGAGGAUGGAGAAGGAGGGGGCUCCGGUGGGAGGAGCCGAGGACCGGGCGAAAAUGCCGCCGCCAUCGACAACCGCGGGGUAUCCUAGCAGGGAGGAGGUGCUGGAGAGCUAUAAGAACCUGGUUGCGUCGGGCUUCUUCGAGGCGCAUGCUAUUCGGGGAGGGCGACAUCCGCCGCGGACGGGCGGGAAUGGGCCGGCGCUGGAGCAAGGUAGGUCGUUUGUUGAGCAUAUGGGGACCAUGUCCUCACCGGGUGCAAAGUCGUUUGCGGAUCACAUGGCCGCUCAACAGCAGCACAGGCCAGCGCUGCCCCUUUCAUCCCCGACCCGGCCCCCUCCACCACCAAGAAUCUCGUCGCAGGGGAAGUCGAACACUGCGCCUUCUCCGCAGCGCGGCACUAAGCGAGGUGCAUCGAUUGACUUGGCCGGGGACGCCGAGAUGGUCACUCGCAAGCUCGUCAAGAAGCUGCGCUACUCGGCCUCGCGGCUGUCAAUGGACCUGCCCAUGGUGAGGGAGAAGCGCACCUCCCACUACUCCAGCUACGGCACCGUCAGGUCUCGCCCGUCGACAUCCUCCAACGUGCCCGGCCCACUCUCGCCGACGUCUUCCGUCUUUAGCGGCAUCACGCCCUCUUUGGCCCACCAGCCUCUCCCUACGGCAGAUGAUACGAUGUCGACCCGCCACGGCAAGAUAACCAAGCCCAAGGACGACCGUCCCCGCCGCAUCCUGCGCCUCGGCCGGAGACAGCACCGGGCUCCGGAACCAGCAACAACCACGGAUGCCGUUACCGACGACCCAGAUGCCAUGGUGAUUGACGAGCCCACCACAUCCACUAUCGUCACCGAGCAACGUCACCCAAAGACUCAGCUUAGAAAGGUCACGCCGCCGCCAGCCGCAUUCCGCAGUACGCACCACCACCCGCGCGGCGGGUUGCGCAGCAGCAGCACAAGCAGCAGCGUCAUGAGCAUCGACCGCGAGCACGACGAGCACGGUCAGGAGCCGCUGAGCAUCGUGCCCGACCCGAACCAGGGGAUCCCCUUUGUGCCGCGUAUCCCAAAGGAGUUUUGCGAGGCCAUGGCGGACUUGGUGCCGUCGGCAUCGGCAGCGGUUGUGGUGGUGGUGCCGCCGGGAGAGACGAUCGAGGAUGGCAUGGCCAAGAACGGGAAUCGGGAUUCGGGGCUGGGGGAGGAGGACGUGGAGAAUCUGCCUCGAGCGGCACAGGCAGCGCACGGCAACAUAUCCUUGAGCCUCUACGACAAGGCGCUGGAUUACCAGGGCCAGCUUACCGAAGAGGAGUGCCAGCUGUUCCUCCGCCGCGGCGACGUCCCGGACAAGGCGCUUGCCUAUCCCGAUAUCCUGACCACCGACGAGAUCCACGAGACUUGCGCAUGGCCACCGCCCGACGUAGUGCGCGCCAACAUCCAGCGCGCAACUGACGGCAUGCUUAGCACGCCGGCUGAACUGUUCGCCAGAGCCAAGGACGUUCACGAUCACGGCCGGUUCGACACUGACAUCAGCGACGACAAGGCUUGUCUGAUUUCUCAGAACUUCUAUGCUGGAGACGACUAUUUCCCGUCAAGGCGUAUGGCGCCUCACGGUAUCCCAAGCCUGCGGAUCACGCUCAAUAUAACUUAUGGAGCGCCUAAGGAAUUGGGCCUCUCUGGCUCCGGCCUACCGCAACCAUCUUCUACCGCUACAGCGACACCACAAGACCAAGCCAGCCAGGAGCAGGCCGCCUGUGAGUUCAACGACGCUUUGGCCUCUGUUCAAGAGCAGUACCGCCUCGACACUCUGUCCGAGAAGAAUUCCUGGCCCGUAUGCGCUGCAUACUCGAUGCUAUGCGAGCUGCCUAUCUCAGCCGUCGUAUCCCACUUCCAAACCCCUACCCGUCCCCCCUGGCUUUCUCGCACCCGGUGUCCAGCCGCCCUCGCAAUUCGACAUGGGCGGCUCGGGAGCCUGGCCCGUCGCGUGCCCGUCUUUCGGCGGUUUCCACCUCUACAGCAGGACAUCGGCCUCUCGGGCACCGGGUACGAGGCUGCUCCGGGCUGA